AUGUCCUGGUCUACGGUCGUCGUUGGACAUCAUAGUGAAGCUCCCACUGCGGAACUCUGCAAUACUUUUAUUGCGCCGUCGAAGAGUAACCUUCCGUUUCGAAUUGAACCGCUCCUCUUUGAGUGGCUUGGUUGGUAUUCAGGCAAGUUGCCGAAUUUCCUCUCGCCUGCAGCUCUAUAUGAAUUGGGUUACAAUGUGGACACCACCUAUAGCUCAAUCUCUUCCAUUAACCAACUGGAUCUCCAGGAGACUAUUGCCCAGUUCUACACUAGAUCAACUCAAAUUGUUAAGGAGAUUCUGGAUCAGAAUCCUUUUAAAGGUUAG